AGCGACGAUAUCGAUACCAACCAACGCCGUCUCAGCUCCCACUUACCUUUCUCUCCCUUACCUAAAUAUAAACCCCAACCCCGAAUCCUGUUUUUCAUUCCUAUCUCCAAACGCUCUCUCCCUUUCCGUCAUAAAAUAACUUCUCUCAGUUCCCUUUUAUUGACAAAAACAGAAAAUGUCGGCUUUCAAGAGCAAAUACCAGGACGAGCUUAUUGCUAAUGCUGCAUACAUUGGUACCCCUGGGAAGGGUAUCCUUGCUGCUGAUGAGUCAACUGGUACCAUUGGCAAGCGUCUUUCUAGCAUUAAUGUCGAGAAUGUUGAGGAGAACAGGCGUGCUCUCCGAGAGCUUCUGUUCACCACUCCUGGUGCCCUCCAAUACCUCAGUGGAGUAAUUCUUUUUGAGGAGACCCUCUAUCAGAAGACAGCUUCCGGCAAGCCCUUUGUUGAGCUUUUGAAGGAAGGUGGAGUUCUCCCUGGUAUCAAGGUCGACAAGGGCACUGUUGAGCUUCCUGGUACCAAUGGUGAGACCACCACCCAGGGUCUCGAUGGCCUUGCACAGCGUUGCCAGAAGUACUAUGAAGCUGGUGCUCGAUUUGCCAAAUGGCGUGCUGUGCUCAAGAUUGGCGCAACUGAGCCAUCGCAGCUGGCCAUCAACGAUAAUGCCAAUGGUUUGGCCCGAUAUGCUAUCAUCUGCCAGGAAAAUGGCUUGGUCCCCAUAGUUGAGCCAGAGAUUCUGGUUGAUGGACCCCAUGAUAUUGAGAAGUGUGCUGAUGUGACUGAACGCGUGCUUGCAGCUGUUUACAAAGCUCUAAAUGAUCACCAUGUCCUGCUUGAGGGAACUUUGUUGAAGCCCAACAUGGUGACCCCAGGAUCUGAGGCACCAAAGGUUGCACCAGAGGUGAUUGCUAAGUACACUGUUACGGCACUACAGCGAACUAUGCCUCCUGCAGUUCCUGCAGUUGUUUUCUUGUCUGGUGGUCAGAGUGAGGAGGAGGCAACCCUCAACCUAAAUGCAAUGAACAAAUACAAGGGAAAGAAGCCAUGGAGUCUUUCAUUCUCCUUUGGGCGGGCCCUUCAGCAGAGCACUCUCAAGACUUGGGCUGGAAAGCCGGAAAAUUUUGAGAAGGCUCAGGCUGCUUUCCUUUCCAGGGCCAAGGCAAACUCAGAGGCAACCCUGGGAAUUUACAAGGGCGAUGCAAAACUCAGUGAGGGUGCCUCGGAGAGCCUUCACGUGAAGGACUAUAAGUACUGAUGAAGUUAAGCAUCUGGUGGUUUGCGUUUUCUUUUGGAGAGUUGAUGCGGUAUGUUUUGGGUUUGUUCUAUUCUCAGGCAUAGGUUAGGGCACCUUUCCAAUGUUCUUUGUUAUCUCAGCCCUAAUAGAGGAUGGUGGUAGCAUAAUAAAAGCUUGAGGAGCAUUCGCUUGGUGAGCUUGGGUUUUGCAGCCGAGAACUUCUUAUAUCUUAUAUUUCAAUUUGCUUUCUAAACAAAGUAUUAUGAGUCAAAUGACGUGUCGUUUCUUUCUACAAACACAGAAAUGUAACUUCAUUUUGGUUUC